AUGUCUCGAGCCCUUGAUGUCCUGCAGAUGAAGGAGGAGGAUGUCCGCAAAUUCCUUGCAGCAGAAACACAUUUGGGCAGCACCAACCUUGCCUUCCAAAUGGAACAAUACAUCUACAAAAGGAAAAGCCAGAGAGCUGCUCUGAAGUUUGCUGCUGCUACUGGGGCCACUCCUAUUGCUGGGCACUUCAAUCCUGGAACCUUCACUAACCCGAUCCAGGCAGCCUUCCGGGAGCCUCGUCUUCUGGUGGUUACUGAUCCCAGGGCUGACCACCAGCCCCUGACAGAAGCAUCUUAUGUUAACUUGCCCACCAUUGCCCUGUGUAGCACAGAUUCUCCUCUGUGCUAUGUAGACAUUGCUGUCCCGUGCAACAACAAGGCAGCUCAUUCCGUGGGUCUGAUGUGGUGGAGGCUGGCCUGUGAAGUCCUCCGCAUGCAUGGUACAAUCUCCCAGGAGCACCCGUGGGAGGUCAUGCCCGAUCUGUACUUCUACAGAGAUCCAAAAGAGAUUGAAAAGGAAGAUCAGGCUGCUGCCGAAAAGGCUGUGACCAAGGAGGAAUUUCAGGGAGAAUGGACGGCCCCUGCUCCUGAAUUCACUGCUACUCAGCCUGAAGUUACAGACUGGUCCGAAGGCGUCCUGGUGCCCUCUGUGCCGAUUCAGCAGUUCCCUACUGAAGACUUGGAGUGCUCAGCCUGCAACUGA